GUUGUGGCUCAGCUCUCAGACAGUCGAGUUGUUAUCAUCGCCUUCACCAUUUUACACAGCGAUUGGGAAGAAAAAAACAUUUUAAAAUAGUGAAUUGUGGCCUCAAUUGGCAUUAUUUUUUCGUUUUUCAUCGAGGAACAUUGAACGGAAAGUAUAGCCAAAGAAUUUGGUGAAACUCCAAGAAAAGCACUUAACCAUAACCUCACGGCUAUUUUCACGGAUCAACAGAAGACGGUGCAACUAAACUGAAAAUGGCCUCGCCUUUUUCCUCAAGUUUUGCUGAAAAUAUCAACGGCCUUCAGUUCGAUCGCCAAGAUCUUUUCGGGAAAGGUGGCUAUGGCUCAGUGCUACGUGGCACAUUUAUUGGUCAAAGGGUAUCAAUAAAAAGAAUCGACAUGACCAAAGUCACAGAUCAAUCAAUUCACUACGAGUUUGAAACUCUGCGGCAGUUAGACCAUCCAAAUGUCGUAAAACUUCUUAAUUGUAUAAAUGACAACAACUUUAGGUACUAUAUAAUGGAAUCGUGUGUCGCAUCGUUGGAUCAGCUGUUUUUGAAGGAGGAAGACCCUCGAAAAUAUAGUGGGCCUUUGCCUCAUCAUAUUGAUAGUUUGCUUCAGUUAGCUUCAGGUCUCGAACAUAUCCAUUCAAGGAAUUUAGUUCAUGGAGACAUAAAACCAGAAAAUGUUCUGAUUUCGGCGGGACCUGCUGGCCAAGAUGAGAUAACUCUCAAAUGGGCAGACUUUGGACUAACUAGAUACGCCAAUGAACGAGGAGCAGAGAUAACAACUCAAGUGGGAGGAAGCAAUGCGUGGUUAGCCCCCGAGUUGCUGUUGCUGAAAUUGGGUGGCAACGUGCACGGAAACAAGUAUCAAGAGACCGUCAAAAGCGACAUCUUUGCAGAAGGACUCAUUUUCGGUAGUCUGUUCUUGAAUGGGGAACAUCUUUACGGUUCCAUGGAAAACGAAAUUUCCGACAAUAUAACGAACGGAAAUUCCAUCAACAUGCAAAAAAUGAAUCGCAUAUUAAGGGACUGCUACGAGAAUGACGUAUUGAAAAAAAUGUUGGAAAACGACCCCAAUAAAAGAAUGACAUCGGCAGAAGUUGUUAGUCAACUAAAAUCCAUCAAAGAUAAGCUUGAUGGAAAAGAAAAAGAGUUGCUUCAAUUAUGUUCUCGUGACUCUCGAUUGGAUCUGUCGAUAAAAAUCAAAAACUUGAUUCCCUUCGGAAUCAACGUGAAUGUAAAGGACAAGGAUGGAAGUAACGCGCUCCAUCUUCUGUGUCGCUACUAUUCACGUUAUGAAUUGAUCGCAGCAAUGAGACUCUUAAUCCAAAGCGGAAUCGACGUGAAUGCAAGAGAUUACAAUGGGUUGAAUGCCCUUCAUUAUGUGUGUCGAUACAAUGCAACUCCAAACUUAAUCGACGCCAUUCAGAAUUUAACUAAACUGGGAAUCGACCCAAAAGCGAAAUCCAACGAUGGAUCAAAUGCGCUCCAUUUUUUGAGUCGAUUCAAUGCGAGCUCAAACUUAAACAAUGCACUUCAUACCUUGAUCGAAUCUGGAAUCGACGUUCUGGAAAAUGACAACUACGGAUGGAAUACGUUUUACUAUUUGCAUCUACAAAAUCAGAAGGAAAUGAAAAUUUGGGUCGACUACAGAGCUCCAUUAGGGAACGGUGGCUUUGGUCUGAUGUUUAAUGGCAAGUACGGAGGCCGUGAAAUCGCAGUAAAAAGAGUUCCACUACAUCUCGUCAACGAAAGAGAAGAAGAAUCUAUGCGACAGUUGGAUCAUCCAAACGUUGUCAAACUCCUUCACAUUGACAGUAAAGACGACUUUAGAAUGUAUGCAUUGGAAUUAUGCGACGCCUCUUUAGACCAUCUCUUCCUAGAGCCAAAUGACCCUAAAAAAUACCACGGACCGAUGCCACGUUAUAUUGAAGUUUUUCUUCAUUUAGCUUUAGGGCUCGAACAUAUCCAUUCGAAGCCAUUAAUCCACGGAGAUUUAAAACCGCGAAACGUGCUUAUUUCGAAGACAUCUAGCAGUGAGGUAACAAUCAAAUGGGCUGAUUUUGGAUUGUCCAAACACGUAGAUGAACAUGGAUGUCACUCGUGGUCUGGAGAAAAAGGAACACAAAUUUGGUACUCCCCCGAGGUGCUGAAGAUAAGUUUAACACCAAAAGAGGCAAAAGAGGUUAAAGGAACAGUUGAGAGCGAUGUAUUCGCCCUAGGCCUUGUGUUCGGUUAUCUUUUCUUGAAGGGACAACAUGUCUACGGUUUCACUGAAAACGAAAUUCGAGACAACGUAAUUGAAAAGAAACCGAUCAACAUGAAAGAAAUUGACGGUGAAUUACUCGAAAUUUAUGAGGAUAACCUACUUAAAACAAUGUUGGAAGACGAACCUAGCAAAAGGAUGUCAUCGACAGAAGUAGUUCAACAACUGAAAUCCGUCAACGAAAAGCUUGCAGGAAAAGAGGAACAAUUGCGCCAGCUAUGCGCUGGUACUAAACCUCAAUCGGAUUUAAUAAGAGAAAUCCAAAACUUGAUUCGCUUCGGAAUCGACGUGAAUGCAACGGACCAAUUUGGAUGCAAUGUGCUCCAUAUUUUGUGUCAGCACAAUUCUAGCCCACAGUUAAUCGAUGCAAUUAAAGUCUUGAUCGAACUCGGCAUCGACAAGGACGCAAAGAACAAAGAUGGAUGGAAUGCGCUUCAUCUUUUAUGUUCUUACCAUUCAAGCAUACAUUUGAUCGAUGCAAUUAAAGUCUUGAUCGAACUCGGCAUCGACAAGGACGCAAAGAACAAAGAUGGAUGGAAUGCGCUUCAUCUUUUAUGUUCUUACCAUUCAAGCAUACAUUUGAUCGAUGCAAUCAAAGUCUUGAUCGAACUCGGCAUCGACAAGGACGCAAAGACGAACAAGGGCUGGAAUGCUCUUCAUCUUCUGUGUUCUAACAAUUCGAGCCCGCACUUAACCGAUGCAAUCAAAGUCUUAAUCGAACUCGGCAUCGACAAGGACGCAAAGACGGACAAGGGCUGUAAUGUGCUUCCUCUUUUUUAAUGUUUUUACAAUUCAAGUCCACACUUGAUAGAUGUUUGCACUUAUGUUUUGAUCGAACUGCCAUCUACAAGGACGCGAAACCAAUGGUGGAUCGAGGGCACUCGAUUUGAGCCGGAGGAAUGAGUGUCUUACUAACUACAACGUGGACGAAUUCUUUAGAACCGUGUUAGCUGCAUUUAUAAUUGCAAGAGAUAUAGUUGUUUUCAUCCUCUCCUAUCUACCAUUUCCUUUUCUAUUAUUGCAAUUAUUAUUGGAAAUUUUUGGUUUCUUUACAAAUAAAGGGAAUUAUCAAAGGUA